GCGAGUUGUCCGAGGGCGCCAUGGCCGCGCUGCGCGCGCUGCUGACCCGCGUCCCCCUGCGGGCCCCGGCCCGCCCCGCGCUGCGGCGCUUCGCCUCCGGGGCUAAGUUUGAGUACAUCAUCGCAGAGAAAAGGGGGAAGAACGACACCGUGGGCUUGAUCCAGCUCAACCGCCCAAAAGCACUCAACGCGCUUUGCAACGGACUGAUUGAUGAGCUCAACCGGGCACUGGCAGCCUUCGACGAGGACCCGGCUGUGGGAGCCAUUGUCCUCACUGGCGGAGACAAGGCGUUUGCAGCUGGAGCCGACAUCAAGGAAAUGAUGAACCAGACGUUCCAGGACUGUUACUCUGGCAAGUUCCUGAGCCACUGGGACGAGCUCACCCGGGUCAAGAAGCCCGUCAUCGCUGCUGUUAACGGCUACGCGCUUGGCGGGGGCUGUGAGCUGGCCAUGAUGUGUGACAUCAUCUACGCUGGCGAGAAAGCCCAGUUUGGACAGCCAGAAAUCCUGAUAGGGACCAUCCCAGGUGCGGGCGGCACCCAGAGACUCACGCGAGCUGUCGGGAAGUCACUGGCGAUGGAGAUGGUCCUCACCGGUGACCGGAUCUCGGCCCAGGAUGCCAAGCAAGCAGGUCUCGUGAGCAAGAUUUUUCCCGUCGAGACACUGGUUGAAGAAGCCAUCCAGUGUGCAGAAAAAAUUGCCAGCAACUCUAAAAUCAUAGUCGCGAUGGCCAAAGAGUCAGUGAAUGCAGCCUUUGAAAUGACGUUGGCAGAAGGGAACAAGCUGGAGAAGAAGCUCUUCUACUCGACCUUCGCCACGAAUGACCGGAAAGAGGGCAUGGCUGCGUUUGUGGAGAAGAGAAAGGCCAACUUCAGAGACCAGUGAGAGCGGCUGCGAUGGCCUCACACCUCUGCCUGGAGGAGAGCCAGCUGUCACUUUGGGAAGAAAGUUAAGUGUCCUCUCAGGGCAGCGUCAGUUGUCACCUCUCUGCAGCUGCGUGGAGCACGGCCAGCCGGCCUCACCCAGCCGGGGGAGGGUCCGGUCUGGAGUGCCAGCUCUCCGACCAGAGCCUGUUCUAAAUGGAGGGCCUUGCUGAGGAGCCUUCAGCACGAGCAGUGAGCACCUGUGUUCAGGUGGAGGCGGGCCUGGCCUGUGCAGCCGUGGCCGGGGCUGCUCGGGAAACACGCCGUCUGCCGGCUCUGCACAGAUGCCCUGCUGAUUAAAGUGACGCUUCCGAUCACACGGUGCCUUCAGUCUUCUCUAGAGGCUGAAUAUUCUGUCACCUUAGUUGUCUCUUAAACUUCACUUUUUCAAUGUAAAUGAAAACAUUCAAACUAAA